AUGGAUUCUUACGUGGCCAUUACUCCCAUUUCUCAUUUAAUUAGGGUUCGAUACGUUCAAUUUCACCAUAAUCACCUCCCGAUUUUAGAUUCGAUUCACCAAAUUGAAGAUUAUAGUUUGGAGUUGAAGUUAUGUGUUGAAGUCGACUGUAAGAUGGCGUCCCAAUCAUCUACAGGUAAGUAUUUAACUGUAGAUGUUCAUUACAGUGGAGUAUUUGCCCGAAAUCCAUUGAAAUACUUAGACCUCGAAAAGAUAACAGUGCGUGAUGUCGAUUUUGGAGGAUUUACGUACAAAGAGUUUCUUUUGUGGCUUAGGAAUUUAACCAAUGGAAGUUGUGAUAAUGUGUACUACUGUAGUAGAAAGGAAACCUUGGGUGAGGAUGGUAAUUGGUAUGACUUGGAUGACAACGAAGAAGAGGAUGACAAUGAAGAAGAGGAUCACAAGGAAGAAGAGGAUGGCAGUGAUGAAGAUGAUAACUUGGAUGAUAUUAUGGCAUAUGAGCAUGAAGUUGAUGAAGAAGUCCAUACCUUUAACAAAACUGUUGGUGACGAUUUUUUAAACAAACUUUCAGGUAAGCUUAGUGAUGAUGAUCAACCUAAUGAUGGAAAAGAUGAUAAGGUUGUAUUCCCUGUCCAUGAUGAGAAUCAAGAAUGGGAUAAGAUGGUGCCAAUUCUAGCAUAUGCAGAGAAUCAGGGCAUAAUAAAGCAAAAUGUCCUCAAAAACCAAUUGGGGAAUCAUCUAAUCCAAAGCCAAAGUCAAAAAAUAAAAAAGCCAACAAAAAAUGUAAAGUGAAGGUUGAAUUGAAUCAAGACGUUGAUGUGGAAAGUGAUAGUGACAGUGAAGUUCAAAGGGAGUCUGACAGUGAGGUGGAGUCUUAUGAAGUUGAUUUUGAAGAGGAUAAUCAUACAUAUGAAGAUGUAGACCAACCUGAGGUUGAAGCUGAAGAACAGGUUGAAGUUGGAGGGGUUGAAGAACAGGUUGAAGCACUUGUUGAAGUUGAAGUUGAAGUUGAAGAAGGUGAAUACCAGGCUGCAGUUGUAGAUCAAGUAGAAGUUGAAGCUGAAGGACAGGGUGAUGGUCAAGAAGGUGAAGAACUUGAACUUGAAGUUCAAGAUCCAGUUGGACAAGAUGACCAAGGACAGGCUGCAGUUCAAGAUCCAGUGGAAGAUGAGCAUUUGAUGGAAGUACCAGCAUUUCAAGUUCUACAGGGAAAGAGAAGAAGGAAACCUUCAGAAAGAAUCACAAAAAUUCAAAUAAGAAAGAAGUGGGAGGGGAAACAGGGGAGUAGUGGUGAAAAUCCAAUUGAAUUGGAAUAGAAAUUGACAAUUGGUUAUUUUUUGGCAUCGACUGGGAAUCUUUUGUCUAGUAAUAUUUGUAACUUUU